UUAAAAUUUUAGUACUUGUUGAAGUGUUUAAUUAUAUUGACUGUGGCAUGUAGAAGCUGAAGCAGACUGCUUGUCCAUUACUAAUCCCUUGCUAGGCGUCUCACCAUGUCACAGAAGCAGACAGCUCCGUUGAUUGGAAAGUGGGAGCAUUGGAGAUAUUACCAAGCCUGAACCCGACGGCGACACACAGUCUUGGCAAGCUGGUUUUUGACAUCCCUGGCGCUACUAACAUACUUCGAGACGCUCCCUCUUGUUUCACAGGUGACUAAGUUUAAAUGUGGUCUGUUCGUGGUUGGGCUGUGCGUGAGCCACAGUGCUGUUGAUGGGAUCGGGGCUAUGGAGUUAGUGAAUUCGUAGGGUGAAACGCAAGGCCCCUUUGAUUGCCCCCCUGUUUCUAGAUAGAACCAUUCUCAAAAGCUCGAGAUCCUCCCCUCAUCGAGUUUCGGUACCAUGAAUUUGCUGAGAUAGAAGAUAUGUCGUCAAACAUUUGCAAGCUUCAUGGAGAGGAGAUGCUUCAGGCCCACCUGUUUGGAGCCAGAGAAGCUGAAUAAACUCAAAAUGGAAGGGUUGGAAGAUGGGGUAUUGAAGGGCUGCACCCAAGUUAACUCACUGUGUAGCGCCGAUGAGCUUCUGGAAAAGCCACAGUCGUAUCAGGAGUGGGGAUGGUUAAGAAAGCGGUGAAGAUGAUCACAGACGGCUACAUGAUAAAGAAGAAAAAGGGGGGGUGGGGAACGCAGAUUUGAGAGAGUCGACGAAGAUGACAUACUACUCUGUUGCAUUGUGAUGGACAGAAAGCCUACCAUCUUGAAUGCAACUGGCGAUAGUACAUUUUUUUUAGUAAGGUUUCGACUUACAUCUCUUCUAAAAGAGAGGUACACGUCUAAUUAUUCAACUACUAGAGUUCACACGGAAUUGAUUUUUUUUGGGGAGAAAUAAACGUUUAGUUACUAGAGUUCACCAUUUGUUUAUUAUGAACUUAAUUAACGUAUUGGUUUAAACCAAGAGCAGGGGAAGUAACCUACAAAAUCCCAUCGAAAUGAAAAACAAACAGGAUUGAGGACUACAAAUUUCAAUUAAAAUCUCAUUACUUUUGUUUGAAGUUGUCUCCAAGUUCAUAUUAGAUACACGUUUCAUCCUUCAUUACACUUACCAAAAAGUCAUCUUUUUUGUUAACAAAAUUUGUAAGGAAAAUCAAUCAUGUUUCUUGGGGAGGGGAGAGAGGGAGCUCCAAGUAAACAGAGUUUGGACGCCAACUCUCACCAACUAGGUGGAAGAGCGGUGGCAUCCCGUAUCGACCCGGCCUGACUUGGUCCUCUCGCAUCAUCAACCAUUCAGAAUGAAACAAAACGCAGUGCACGACUCAAAUUAGGCACAACUUCCAACCACCCUCACUCUGCCUCUCUACCAUCUGCUUUAUAUACAUAUACAACAUCAACGCCCUGCCACUACUAUCAUCUUUCUAACCCUUUUCAUUUCAGAUAUCGAAUCAGAUGGCUGGCAGUGGUAAAAGGGGUUCUCAACUCGACGUUGAGCAGCAGAAACCCACUCUGAUCACCCCCGCAGAGGAGACACCGAAGGUUCUCUACUUCCUAUCGAACCUUGACCAGAAUAUUGCAGUCAUCGUCCGCACCAUUUACUGCUUUAAAUCAGAGUCCAGAGGCAACGAAGAUGCUGCCCAAGUCAUUAAAGAUGCUCUUUCCAAGGUGCUUGUCCAUUACUACCCCCUUGCAGGGCGGCUCACCGUCAGCUCAGACAGGAAGCUUAUUGUGGACUGUACGGCGGAGGGUGCUGUCUUUGUGGAGGCUAAAGCCGACUGUUCCAUUGAAGACAUUGGUGAUAUAACGAAGCCUGAUCCUGACACUCUUGGGAAGCUUGUCUAUGACAUCCCUGGCGCUACCAACAUACUUCAGAUGCCUCCUCUUGUUGCCCAGGUGACUAAAUUUAAAUGUGGUGGAUUCGUUGUGGGGCUGUGUAUGAAUCAUUGUAUGUUUGAUGGGAUUGGGGCAAUGGAAUUUGUGAAUUCGUGGGGUGAAACGGCAAGGGGCUUGCCUUUGACUGUGCCGCCGUAUCUGGAUAGAAGCCUUCUCAAAGCACGAGAGCCGCCGAUGAUCGAGUUUCCUCACAGCGAAUUCGCUGAGAUAGAAGAUGUGUCGAACACUUGGAAGCUUUAUGGAGAUGAGGAAAUGCAUUAUCGGUCCUUCUGCUUCGAGCCGGAGAAGCUCAGUAAGCUCAAACAGAAAGCGUUGGAAGAUGGGGUUUUGAAGAGCUGCACCACGUUCGAAGCCCUGUCGGGAUUUGUUUGGAGAGCAAGAACAGAGGCUCUACGAAUGCAACCCGACCAACAAACAAAGCUCCUCUUCGCCGUCGACGGAAGGUCUAGAUUUCAGCCCCCAGUGCCGAAAGGGUAUUCUGGAAACGCCAUCGUUUUAACCAACUCACUAUGCAGCGCCGGUGAGCUUCUGGAAAACCCUCUGUCUUUUGGGGUGGGGCUGGUUCAGAAGGCAGUGGAGAUGAUCACAGACAGCUACAUGAGGUCCGCCAUCGAUUACUUCGAAGCGACGAGAGCAAGGCCGUCUCUGGCGGCGACUUUGUUGAUCACGACCUGGUCGAGGCUGGGGUUUCACACGACGGACUUCGGGUGGGGGGAGCCGGUGUUUUCAGGGCCGGUGGCAUUGCCGGAGAAAGAGGUCAUUCUGUUCCUAUCUCAUGGGAAAGAAAGAAAGAGCAUAAAUGUUCUUCUGGGCCUUCCAGCUUCUGCCAUGGAAAUCUUCCAGCAGGCCAUGCAAAUCUGAAAGGACAAGAAUACAAAAUGAUGAGGAAAUUUCAUCUUUAUUAUUCAUCCCAAUGUGUUGUUUUCAUCCAAUUCCAAUUCCAUUUUUAUUCCUAUUUCAUGUGAUUACCCAUAUUUUUCUGUCAAUUAAUAGAUUGUUCCGCGUGUUGUUACGUCAAUAAAAUUUUAAUAUAUUGAGGUA